UUUCCCUGUAAUGUCUCGUUCUUCAGGCGUGGAUUUUAAUUGGUGUCAAUAAACGACUGCAUCAGCAUCGAGCAACAUGGCAGACAAGCUCACAAGAAUCGCUAUUGUAAAUCAUGACAAAUGCAAGCCAAAGAAAUGCCGCCAAGAAUGCAAGAAGAGUUGUCCUGUUGUACGAAUGGGAAAAUUGUGCAUAGAGGUGACUCCGCAAAGUAAGAUUGUAUGGAUUUCUGAAACCCUGUGUAUUGGUUGCGGUAUCUGCAUCAAGAAAUGUCCAUUUGGGGCCUUGUCCAUUGUGAAUUUACCAAGUAAUCUGGAGAAAGAAACCACUCACAGAUAUUGUGCCAAUGCCUUUAAGCUUCACCGCUUGCCUACUCCACGACCUGGUGAGGUGCUGGGGCUGGUUGGUACCAAUGGUAUCGGGAAGUCAACGGCAUUGAAGAUUUUGGCCGGGAAGCAGAAACCUAACCUUGGGAAGUAUGAUGAUCCUCCUGAUUGGCAAGAAAUAUUGACGUAUUUCAGAGGGUCUGAGUUGCAGAACUACUUCACCAAGAUUUUGGAAGAUGAUUUAAAGGCAAUCAUUAAACCCCAGUAUGUGGACCAAAUCCCAAAAGCUGCUAAGGGCCCUGUGGGAACCAUUUUGGAUAGAAAGGAUGAAACAAAGACUCAGACAAUUGUAUGUCAACAGCUCGAUCUGUCCCACCUGAGAGACCGAAACGUGGAGGACCUUUCUGGAGGAGAGCUCCAGAGAUUUGCCUGUGCGGUUGUAUGUAUCCAGAAAGCUGAUAUCUUUAUGUUCGAUGAACCAUCUAGUUACUUAGAUGUGAAGCAACGUCUGAAGGCUGCCAUCACCAUUAGAUCUUUGAUUAACCCAGAUCGUUACAUCAUUGUCGUUGAACACGACUUGAGUGUGCUGGAUUAUCUUUCGGACUUCAUUUGCUGCUUGUAUGGAGUGCCAAGUGCUUAUGGAGUUGUAACCAUGCCUUUCAGCGUCAGAGAAGGCAUAAACAUUUUCUUGGAUGGUUACGUCCCAACGGAAAAUUUAAGAUUCAGAGACACGUCUCUGGUAUUUAAGGUGGCCGAAACAGCAAAUGAAGAGGAAGUAAAAAAGAUGUGCAUGUAUAAAUACCCCUCCAUGAAGAAGCAGCUGGGUGACUUCAAGCUUGGCAUUGUGGCUGGCGAGUUCACAGACUCUGAAAUCAUGGUCAUGUUGGGUGAAAACGGAACCGGGAAAACAACCUUCAUCCGAAUGCUUGCUGGAAGGCUGAAACCAGAUGAAGGAGGUGAUGUGCCGGUACUUAAUGUGAGUUAUAAGCCACAGAAGAUCAGCCCCAAAUCCACUGGCUCUGUACGCCAGCUACUGCAUGAAAAGAUCCGAGAUGCUUACACGCAUCCUCAGUUUGUUACUGAUGUGAUGAAGCCGAUGCAGAUAGAAAACAUCAUCGAUCAAGAGGUGCAAACAUUGUCUGGUGGUGAGCUGCAGCGUGUGGCUAUGGCUCUGUGUCUAGGUAAACCUGCAGAUGUCUACCUAAUUGAUGAGCCUUCAGCUUACCUGGAUUCUGAACAACGUCUCAUGGCUGCUAGAGUCAUAAAACGAUUCAUUCUCCAUGCCAAGAAGACGGCCUUCAUUGUGGAACACGAUUUCAUUAUGGCUACUUACCUUGCUGACCGUGUCAUUGUAUUUGAUGGUAUCCCUUCCAAAGACACCUUAGCAAACAGUCCCCAAUCCCUUCUGGCUGGUAUGAACAAAUUUUUGUCUCAGCUGGAAAUCACAUUCAGACGAGAUCCUAACAACUACAGACCAAGAAUAAACAAACUUAAUUCCAUCAAGGAUGUGGAUCAGAAGAAGAGUGGAAAUUACUUUUUCUUGGAUGAUUAACACCGUUACAAACUCUCCACCAAAUUGAAAUAGAAAGCCUCUCGUCUGAAACCUUUCAAGGUUUUAACAGAAGAACCCAAAUGGGUCAGAUAUGCUGCCGUGUGCCGUUGUAGAAUUGCACAGUGCACAUCCCAAAUACAUCCUUCUGCCUGGGACGUCUUUCCAUCCUCUGUCCUUACCCCACUGGGAAUAAUAUUGGUAUGUGGGUCAAUAACGAAUAUAAUUUAUUCAUUUCUCCAGUAUGCUGACAAGUUUUCCCAAUUUUAGACCUUUGAACUGUAUUUCUUGAAAUUUUGCCAUAAAGAUACAAUCUUAUUUUAAAGAGGGCCCUGAACCUCAAGAGGUUUUGAAAAAUAAAUAUCCAUCUAAAAGUG